GUUGGCAUUGCCAUCGGUGUGGCCUUCGCUUGCAACCCUGCCGCUUGUGUUGGGAGCAAUGGUCGUGCUUCAUGUUCCCAUGCAAUAUUUUCCGCUUGGUGUUUUCCAGUGCAUCUUCCUCUAUGAGUUGCUCUGUAGCCUUGUUUGGUACUGUUACAACAUCUUCUGCCAUGUCGAAGACCUUCCACUUUCCAACGUACCGAACUCCUUCACUUGGAUGGAGCGAGCUGGACUUCAGUGUUACUUGCGCGAAGGGCCGUUUCGGCCGUCGCUACGACGCUACUUCUUCGCUUUGGGGCAGGGCGUGGCCCUGCUGUUCGGAGCAGCCUUCGUGAGGAGCAGGGCUUUGCAGGCUGAGGGCCCGGCAAGCCCGGCAGGCCCGGCCGAUCAGCGAGCACCUGCAUUUUCAGGAGGCUUUGUGUCCAUGUGGGUGCGCAAGGGAGUCGCACUUCUCCGGCCCAUCACUGCGGCGUUUGUCGCCAUAGUGACCCUAGGACAAGAGCCAGCAAACUUACUUGGCGUGGCCUACCUGCUUUGGCUUUUGUGCUUGGUGGCUAGCGGCGCCAUGUCUUCGUAUGUCAGCGCAGGUUGGGAUGCCCUACGGGCAAGCAGUGCUGUGUGGCGCAGCGUGCUCGUGCUCAGCAACUUGAUUGUUCUGGCGCUGUUUUACUGCCAAGUAAUGGAGUCCCACAACUACGACAGCUUUCUCGGCCUUCAGCGCUCCGAGCAGACCGUUCUUGAGGUAACCUGGGCCCAUCUGGUCGUCGGUGUGCUGGCGGCUAUACAAGCACAGGCAUUGUCUAUGAAGAUACAGAUUCCGUCCAUGUACGUGAACUCCAACUCUGCUUUGGCCUUGUUCCUCUGGAUCGGUGGCAUCUUCAUCGAGAUGGGCAUCAUGCUGAAUCUGGUGAUGAUCCAGCCAUUUACCGUGGAUUCCUGCCUUAUCCUUCUGCUUUGUCUAGGCAUUGUGGCUGUGGAGCAAUUCGACGGAUCAGUGCGCAUGCGGAAUUGGCUCCUGACUACCACAGCAUAUACCUGUGCAAUUAUCUUGAUGAUUCGCUAUGCACUUCUGAUCCCAGUCGUACAGGAAUGGAUUAGCGGUCCACGCUCACCACUGCCAAAGGACCAGUUCCACCUGGUAUGGAAGGGUUUCGCUCUUGCCGACACGAGACUCGAGGUUCGUGUGAAGCUGGGAUACUUGGCAACAUUGGUGCCAUUGUCAAGUGGGUUGCGCCGUAUCUUUCGCUUCGGAUCCGAAGCGAGCCUCAUUGGGGCACGCAGCCAGGUGUUUUUGCCCAAGAACACAGUCCUCAUGACUGUGCUCCUGGAGGCAGCUCGGUGGUCUACCGUCGUGCUGAUUUUUGCCUGCUACUUCAUCAUGCCGCGUCACAACGCCACAUCCCACAUGCAGCUCGCCGUUCUAGUUCUGCUGCUGCUGAGUGGUCGAGGUUGGGAUUAUGCAGGUGGCUUUAUAUCCUUGACAUCCUCGGUCUUGCUUUUGGUCCAAUACGUCUACACCUUCAAGCUGAUCACAUUUCCAGAUGAGGAGGUGGAGUCGUACUGGGGUCUGCACAAUCAGGGGUACAUGGCCGAGAUGGCCUUGCUGUUGAUCGGCAUCAUUCAGAGAACAGUCAAGCGAGCGGCAUUGCAUUGCGUGGCUAAUUCACCUGCUGCAAAAGAAAUGGAUCGUCAGGCCCCUCAUGAGCUGCAAAGUUUCGCGACAGCAUCCUUGCACCUGGCAGGCACGAAGCCGAAGCCAAAGACUGCGACAGGAGCGAAUUUCAUGGAUUUCGUGCUGGGGCCGCCGCUGGAUCGGAGCGAGCGCAGAAAUUGUGGGAAUCCGCGAACGGGCUCGUAG